AACACUACUCUAUCCUUUCAUCUCUCUUUCCUUCCUUGCUUCUGUCUUUUUUCCCCUCUUUUCUCACCAUUGCAUAUUUCAUUUUAUCCACCCAAUCUGCCAAAUCUUCUCUAUUUCUCGCCCAUUGCUCACCAGUUUCUGUUUCUCACCUCUUUCUUCCCUCAAGAAAGAGAAACCGUUUUAUAUAUAUAUAUAUAUAUAUGUGUAUCGAAAAGAAUAAGGUUUUUAGUAAUUUUUUCUCAAAUUCCUGGGUUCAGUUCUUUGAUUUCUUCUUCAUAAUUUCCGGAUAGAUCGGUAACUUCAGCUGGGUAUAUCUGCUACUGAUUGUGGAUUGUUUGUGCUGAAUUUUUCUCUGAAUUGUUGUGUUUCCCAAGCGAUUUUUUUUAUCAGCCCUAAUGCAAGGGCAAAGGGGUACUAUCGGUUCUUUGCCUGAAACACUUGACUUCGAGCUUGGUGCUACAUCAAAUAAUGCUGCUAUAGACCAGCAGAUAUGCUGGAACAAUAUGCGUAAUCCGUCCGAGAGCCGUAUGCAAGACUAUUUAUUACCUCCCAAUGAUAUGAAUAUGGCUUUUGUCAAUUCCAUGAACCGUGAAGGGCAGAACAUGAGCAGGUGGUGCUUAAAUGAAGCUAGUUCUAGCAAUACACAGAAUGAAAUUGGUACUAGUGAGCGAAAAACUGAACAUGUGUGGCCACCCUCAGGUCCUUGUGCUGUAUCUAGUGCUAGGUUAGAUGAGCAGCGCCAUGAACCAGCUGGUAACACUUCAGCUGACAAUAAUUUGAACCCUAUCUUUGCUCAAAGUUCCCAUUCCGAGGUGGGAAUUCCUACAAAUCUUAACAUAAAUGCAGCAGGUUUUGUGGGUCGUGGUGGCAGUAGGAGUCAAGUUUUAGAAUAUCCUAACCCAUACAAAGUUGGUGGAUCUGAUAUGGAGCAGAAUCGAUCUAUGAGUGGUUCUGAUCCUUUUCUACUUCCUUCUGGGAGUGCUGGAUUUUUGGUGGGAGAAAAUGACAGCAGGCAAAGUUCAUUGGAAGGUCGCCGGAUAUCUUGUAAAAGAAAGGCUAUCGAGGGACAUGUUGGACCAUCUUCUGCAAGUGGGAGUUGUAGCUACUUUCAGCCUGCAGAAGGGAUUGGAAGGCCCGGAGUUCCUGCUCAAAAUAAUGCAGCAGGCAGCAGUCUCAGCUUAUAUGCUUCUGAAGAGGGGAACCCCAGACUUGGAUUAGGUGGAAGAACAAUAACUUCAGACUUCCCGGAAAGCUCUCGCAGAAGCUUCCGUGCAAGGACUACUUCAUUGAAUCAACUUAAUGCUGCUGCUCCUAUAUUCUCGACAGGGAGGACUGUUAGGCGUUCCAGUGUUUUGGCAUCCCAAUCAAGUCUUAUUCCAGCUGAUCAUAGUCUAGACUUAAGGCCAGCCUCAGUAGUAGAUACUAUUCGUAAUCAAAGCCAGCCUGCCAUGAUCGAUGUUCCUCCUUUGCCACAAAAUGUACAAUCGUCGAGAUGGAAUGGAGGUUCUAGUUCAAGACAUGGCAGUUCAUCAAGCUCUGUUGCAUUUGGAGAUAGCGACGCACAACCACGAGAUGAUUUAAACCAUAGAAGUUUGCCAAGAAACAUGUUGGAUCUUCCCAUAUUUGUACCUGCAACUGAAUUGAGAAAUUUGGUUCGACAUCCAGCAAAUAGAAGUUUAGCUGGGCCAAGUUUAUCAAUUCCGGGAAAUGUUGUUUCUACACCACGGACUGGCUCAAGUACAAAUGUUCAUCCACCAUCUAGUCCUGUCUGGGCAUCCCAUCACAAUUCUACUCCGCAGUAUCCUCGUAGAUUUUCUGAGUAUCUCCGCCGAUCCUUGUUUUCUUCUGUUGGUACUGAGCCUGGGGGGCAAAGCAGUAAUUAUGUGCCACUACAUUCUGGUCAACCUGCUUCCCCACAGGAGGUGGUUCUUCGGCCUGGAGCUAGUAACCAGGGUCAUCAUUCACACCCAAGGUCAGCAUCAUGGAUGGAGAGACACAAUGAUAAUGGGUUGGGACUUCACUACUCCCUACGAAGUUUGGGUGCUGGUGCUGAUGGAAAUAACAGCAGGCUUGUAUCUGAGCAGAUUCGCAAUGGCCUUGGUCUCAUUCGGAGGGGCGAGAGUUUGCGAUUUGAGGACGUUAUGAUACUUGACCCCUCAGUUUUUAUGGGAGUGGCUGAUAUACAUGAUCGGCAUAGGGAUAUGCGACUUGAUGUCGAUAACAUGUCUUAUGAGGAACUGCUUGCUCUUGAAGAGCGCAUCGGAAAUGUUAGCACCGGAUUAAGCGAAGAUACGGUACUUACUCGCUUGAAGCAGAAGAAGUAUCCUAUAGCAGAAAAAUAUCAAUCAGAAGCUGAACCAUGUUGUAUAUGUCAGGAGGAAUAUAAAGAAGGAGAACAUAUAGGAACACUUGAAUGCAGCCAUGAUUUCCAUACCCAAUGCAUAAAACAAUGGUUGACGCACAAAAAUUUGUGCCCCAUUUGUAAAACGACAGCGUUGGCAUUGUGAGAAGGAAGCCACAUAAUCUCUUCUUGUCUUUCUUUCAGUUGAAACCUUCAUUCAUACUUUAUCACAAGCCACACAUUACCGCAAGGCCAAGAGUCGCCAGAACCCACAUUUAUUACUUGUUCAAUUUAUUUUUAAAGCCAAUUGUUUGAGUCCAACCCGAAAUUCCGAAUUGAGGAAACCAGCUUAGAAACAACUUUCGUUUAUUUAUGAAUGACUGAUUUAUAUCUCAA